ACAAAAAAUCACGUUUCGAUGGAUUAAGGGCCCGAACACCCACUGAUUCUCCGCAGUAUUAACACACCACCACCCUUCAAACCCUUUCCCCUCCUUCACAAGCAUCCCCAGGCCGAGCAAUUGAUCCUUCCUACAAAACAUCACUUAUCAAUCAGCUCGUGCUCCUGUUGCUUCAUCCUUCUCUAAUAUCGCUAUCCUUCGCUCUCUCUCUCUCAAACUGCUCUCAACAAAAACUCCUACAACCCUACAACCCCCCAAACCCAACAACAACAACAUGUUCAAGACCACUCUCUCCCGGGCAGCAGCUCACGCUGAGCGUCAGCCGCUGAUCAAGUUCUUGGGCAAGCGCACAGUUCCAUCCUCCGUCGACCGCACUCCUGCCGUCCACCCAGCCUCCCCAUCCUCCGCCCUCCCCGGCCAAGGCUCCCCCUCCUUCUCCGCCUACCGCCAGCACGCCCAGCAACACGGCCCCCUCGGCCGCAACAUCCGCACCGACAGCUCAGUCGGCUCCGUUCCCGGCCGCGACUUCGGCCCCGUCGCCGCGGCACAGGGCGAGUUCUUCGAUCGCAGCGAGCUGCCUGUUCGCUUCCGACGCUCCCCAUACACCGAGGCGGAGAUCGAGGCGAUUGAGACUGGCGGCGCUACCUUGGUCUGCUGAGGCACCGUAUGAGCGCUGAGAUGUCUGAUUUUUUACUGCAAUUUUUUUGAAACACAUACAUGGGACGGGCAAUACCCUGGAGACAAAACACCACUUUUUUUAUUACGUCAAAGCGAAUUGGACGGGAUGGGUGGGAGCGAUUGAUGGCCGGGCGAUCUGGGAGGUCGCUGGAGGCCGGGAGGGGGUUAUGAUACAGGUUUAAACACAGGUUGAUACUUGGCUGGAUACUUGUAAUGAAAUAGGAAGACCAAGACCUGUGUGACGGGCGAGUCCCGGAGGUCGUCAAAAUGUGGCCACAGCAGAAGCUGCACAGUGUUCGUUAUCUAUAUAACGACGAAAAUAAAACGAACUAUAAACAUC